AUGGAGGGGAAACCUGGUCUGCACGGCCACCAACGGAUCACCGGGCACCUCACCUUUCCGCUGCUCGCCGCCACCCUGCUGGCGUCCUUCGGCUCCUCUCUGCUUUACGGCUACAACCUGGCAGUGGUGAACUCGCCGGCCGUGCACAUCAAGGCCUUCUACAACGCCACCUGGUCCCAGCGCUACGGGCAGAGCCCGAGCCAGGACCUGCUCACCGUCAUGUACUCGCUGACCGUCUCGGUCUUUGCCCUGGGGGGGCUGGUGGGCUCGUUUCCGGUGGGGAUGCUCGUGACUCGAUAUGGGAGGAACGGCACCCUUGUGCGGAGCACGCUGCUCGUCUUCCUGGCCAGCGCCCUGAUGGGCUUCAGCCGCUACCUGGCGUCGCCCGAGAUGGUCAUCGUCGGCCGCUUCGUCACGGGGCUGCAUUCAGGCAUCUGUCUCAGCGUGGUGCCCAUGUACCUGGGAGAAAUCGCCCCCAAGAACCUGCGCGGGUUCCUGGGCUUGGUGCCCAGCAUCUUCAUCUGCCUGGGGGUCUUCUCCGCUCAAGUCCUGGGCCUGCCGGAGCUGCUGGGGGAGGACGGAUACUGGCCUCUCUUCCUGUCCCUGGUGGUCAUUCCAGCCUCCCUGCAGCUCCUGCUGCUGCACUGGUUCCCCGAGAGCCCCCGCUACCUGCUGAUUGAGAAGAAUAACGUCCGGGGGGCCACGGAUGCGCUGCGCUGGUUCCUGGGGAAGGACGACGUGCGGGACGUGCUGGAGGAGAUGCGGGAGGAGCAGCGCUCGCUCUCCUCCCUGGAGACCAUCUCCGUCUGGCAGCUGCUGCGGGACGGCUCCGUGCGCUGGCAGACGCUCUCCGUGGUGGUGAUCAACAUGGGCAUGCAGCUCUCUGGGAUCGAUGCGAUCUGGUUCUACACCAACACCAUCUUCCAGCACGCCGGCAUCCCGGGACCCGAGAUCCCCUACACCACCGUGGGCACGGGCGCCAUCGAGGUGCUGGCCGGCCUGCUCGGCUGCUUCACCAUCGAGAAGCUGGGCCGGCGGCCGCUCAUCAUCAUCGGCUUCUCCUUCAUGGGCUUCUGCUGCGCUGGCAUCACCUUGGCCCUGGUGCUGCAGGCUACGGUGCCCUGGAUGCGCUACCUCAGCGUAGCCUGCGUCAUCGGGAUCAUCGCUGGCUUCUGUAUGGGACCAGCUGGUGUGCCCUUCCUGAUGACUGCGGAGCUCUUCAAGCAGUCACACCGCCCCGCUGCCUACAUCGUGGGGGGGUCCCUGAACUGGCUCUCCAAUUUCACUGUGGGCUUCGUCUUCCCCUUCCUACAGAUGUCAGCCGGUGCCUUCUGCUACCUGGUGUUCUGCGGGGUCUGCGUGCUGGUGGCGCUCUACGUCUACCUCGUCAUCCCCGAGACCAAGAACAAAACGUUCGUGGAGAUCAGCCAGAUCUUCGCCACCCGCCGCCCCUUCCUCGCUGCCCCGGCCGGCGCCGUGAAGAUGGUCCCGCUUGGCGGUUACGGGGCCUUGGAGAACAGCUCCCUGGAGCUCUCGGGGUCCAGCCGGGCGUGA